CUUGGCUCAGGCGUCCGCGUCGUUCGGGCGCUGGGGCAAUCGGUCGGUCUCCGGUGUGGGCCGCGGGUGAAGAGCCGGCGGCGAAGGGCCGCCCGCCGCGCGGCGUGGGCUGUGGCGUCGCGGUGGUUGGACGACGCCGGCAGUCGCUCUGCGCAACCACGGGCUCUGAGGCUGCCUCUCGGUCUUGGUAACGCCCGACCCUCAUUCUCCUGACCCGGAGCAGCAGCAGCGACCCUGAACAGACCGCCCGAGCGACCAGCCAUGGCGGCGUCCACGGCCUCGCACCGGCCCAUCAAAGGAAUCUUGAAGAACAAGACCUUGGCGGCUCCCGCUGUGGUGGCCUCAGCCGAGCAGCCCGGCUCGAACGUGGACGAGGAACUGAGUAAAAAGUCUCAGAAGUGGGAUGAAAUGAACAUCCUGGCUACGUAUCACCCAGCAGACAAAGACUAUGGUUUAAUGAAAAUAGAUGAACCAAGCACUCCUUACCAUAGUAUGAUAGGUGAUGAUGAAGAUGCAUAUAGUGAUUCAGAAGCGAAUGAAGCCAUGACUCCAGAUAUCUUAGCUAAGAAAUUAGCUGCUGCUGAAGGCUCAGAGCCAAAGUAUGGGGUUCAGGAACAAGAAAGCAGUGAAGAAGAAGAAGAAAGUGACCUCUCGCCUGAAGAGCAAGAAAAAAAGCGACAAUUUGAAAUGAAAAGGAAGCUCCACUACAAUGAAGGACUGAAUAUUAAACUGGCUAGACAGUUAAUUUCAAAAGACCUACACGGUGAUGAGGAAGAUGAAGAAAUGUCAGAGACAGAUGGAGAAAGCAUGAAUAUUGAAGACUCAAAUCAAGGAUCUGCUACAAGUGAUGAACGACAAAACAAAUCACAAGAUUCAUAGAAGACAUGUAUCCAACAUUACAGUUGUUGGUCAAAUACAAAUCCUGUUACUAUAAUACACUGCUUCUUGUUUUCCACAAUUCAUAACUCAAGUACCAAAAUAGAUUACCAGUUAUGUACGCCAAGAAUUAAAUGGUAACCUUUGAGACAGGAUAGAUGAAAAUGCAUAGAUUCUUGUGCCUCGUACUUCACCACAAAUUUAGUGUAACAUCUUUAGUCCAACCUGCUUUACUUUUGUAGGAACACUGGUUAAUUUGUAUAAGAUAUUGUAUUGCUUUUUAUGCUUUAAAGGUUAAAAAGUGUCUUUUGGGGGGAAGGGGACUAAGUUAUUUUCAUCAUCUUCUAGAUGUGUGAUACCGCUCAUAAAAACUUUAUAGGAGUUGUUUCUUUUUAAUUUUUUAAAUCAAAAGCCAAUUGGAACACAGGAUGUAUAGUUGGAUCAAUAUUCAGGCUGAAAGGUAUUUUAACACUUACCUUCAGUUUGAUUUGUCUAAUUGAGAAGGAUUGUAAGUGUUACUCAUGCAUUUUUCUGGCCUGAAACCUUUAAAAUUCCCAUUAAGUUUUUUUGUGUGUGUUUACAAGGAAAGGAUUGAAACACUUCUCAUCAAAACUAGCCUUUUUAUUUCCACAAAUUAUCAAGUCAAACUUGCACUAAUGUCUGCUCUGAUGGCUUUUUUUGACACAUGGGGCAGAUAUCAGAUCACAGCAUUUUUU